AUGGCGGACGAUGAGCCCCGUGCAAAGCGUUCUCGCUUUGACCAAACCGACGCUGAGCCCCAGCGACCCCGUUCUGACCGACGCUCGCGGUCCCCAUCGAACCGACAAUCAGAGUCCGCUCGUACACGCAGCCCUAUGAGUCGCCCCUUGAGUCGCGGUCCUGACGCAGAGGCGCCCCCUAAGCCUGCUGUGUCUGACCCGGCCGCCGCUGCAGCCGCGGCCGCAGCCAAAAUUAAUGCGCAGCUUCAGGCCAAAAAGGGCAUCCAGCACGUUGAUGUUCCUCCAAUUCGCUCGACCGAUGGCAAUGUCGAGGGUGCGCCUUCCACUGCGGAGGGCUCAGCUAAGCUGAACGCCGAGGUUUAUGUCGCGGACGGUGAUUACAUCAAAGACAUUGAGAUCAACGACCUGCGCAACCGGUACACCCUGACGAAGGGGUCUACCCAGAAGAUGGAUGAAACUGGCGCCGACGUUACCACCCGAGGAAACUAUUACCCUGACAAGAACAUGGCUACUGCUGCAAGCCCUCCCCUCUACCUCCACGUCACCAGCACCAACAAGGAUGGUCUGGAGAAGGCCGUCGAAAUGAUCAAUGGCCUAAUUCAGAAGGAGUUGCCGGUCCUUGUUGAUGAGCGCCGAUUCCGUAACAAUAAAAGGGAACCGGAGCAGCAAGUCGAGCGGGAUGAAUAUGGCCGGCGCAAAUGGCCGGAUGAGCGAAUUGCCAUUGAUCUUGAGCCAGUUCCCGGCUUCAACUUGCGUGCUCAGGUCGUUGGGCAGGGUGGUGCUUAUGUGAAGCACAUCCAGCAACAAACUCGCUGCCGAGUGCAGAUCAAGGGCCGUGGUUCUGGAUUUAUUGAAUCUAGCACCAACCGUGAGAGCGACGAGCCAAUGUACCUCCAUGUGGCAGGUCCAGAUGCAAAUGAUGUUCAGCAAGCCAAGGAGCUUUGUGAAGAUCUUCUCAACAAUGUGAAGGAGCAGUACCAGAAGUUCAAGGAGAACCCGCCGCACCACCAUUACGGUGGAUACGGUAACCGUGGUGGUGACCGAGGAGACCGCUACCAAGGUAGUGGAUACGGUGGAUACAACAACCGCCAACAGCAACACCAAAACAACGGCUCCUCUGCUAGCCCCUCUGGCCAGGCCUCCCCUGGUGCCGCCGGUGCCCAGGCCGCCAAUGAUUACAGUGCCCAAUACGCCCAGUACUAUGGCACCGCCGACCCAUACGCGGCUUACGGUGGUUACCAGAACUAUGUCGCCUACUAUCAAUACUACUACGCUGCACAACAGCAGCAGCAAGCUGAAGGCACGGCCGCUCCUGCUGCCCCUGCUUCAGAGGCAGCUCCUCCUCCUCCUGGAUCGGGAUCGCCACCUCCCCCUCCAGGUGGCGGUAGCUACGGCGCAGUAAGGCCACCCGGAGAUCAUCCCACUACAAGCGACUAA